AUGGGUGACGGUGCUGCCAUAGUCAAACUUUACCGGAUAGUUGAUUUUAUGCAUAAAGUUUGGUUUAAAAUACCAGAGAAGGCAACAGGAUCACCAUUAUGGGAGUUAAGCUCAGCUCUCGACCUUAAAAGGUCGGAAACCUUCUACGAGAUAGAUUUAGGCGCUGAAGACGUGGAGAAAAAGAAGCUGGUGAGGAGACAAUUCCCCCUGCUUAGACCAUUUGGAUGGUUUAAAGAGAGGAGAGAGGAGAAGGAGUUAGCUGAAAGGGUUCUUUUGGCUAAGGGGAUGGUUGCCGGCGUUCAGCUUCAAUGGGCUUCUCGGAUUCCGAAUACGUACAGUCCAUUUCUCAAGGACUCACAAAACUUGAGAAUGGAAAUUCAAAGUUGGGUGAUGGGAAGUUUAUUGUACACCGGGUCACAAAGCGAGAAUUUGAAAAUGUGA